AUGGUGUUAUCAACAUACUCCGCACUGUCCACGCUGCUCCUCGUCAGCCCAGUAGCAAUCGUGCUAUAUGUCUUGGGUGGAGCAGUGUAUCGUCUGUAUCUCAGUCCUCUUGCCAAGUUUCCUGGUCCUAAACUCGCAGCACUUACACAAUGGUAUGAAUUUUACUACGAUGUAGUUCUUGAGGGCCAGUACACCUUCCACAUCAAAACUCUGCAUGAGAAAUACGGGCCAAUAAUCCGCAUCAACCCUUGGGAACUGCAUGUAUACUCGCCACACUUCCAUGAGGAACUGUACGCUGGCUCGAACAAGAUCAGGGACAAGUGGGCUUUCUUCACCAAGAAGGCGGAUGCUGAGCAAUCUACAUUCUCGACAACAUCACACGCUCCUCAUCGGAAGAGAAGAGCUGCGCUAAAUCCAUUUUUCUCCACUGCCAGCGUCAACACACUACAGCCUGUCAUUUCCCAAAAGGUCCAACAAUUCUUGGACCGAAUCAGGAGUUUUAGAGACAGUGGCGAGGUUUUAGUGAUCAGUGAUGCAUUCGCGGCUUUUGCAAAUGAUGUUGUCAACGAGUACUCUUUCUCAAACUCUCAAAACAGAGUUGCUCAUCCGACAUUCGACCCCGAUUUUCAUCAUGCUGCAAUUAAUGGUCUUAAACGUGGCUGGACUCUUAAGCAUUUCAACUUCAUCCUUCGAUUGAGAGCUUGGAUUCCUGAACACAUCGCCGUACGCAUCCACCGUAGUACCCGUGAAGCUAUAUACAUCCGCUCAAAAAUGUAUGCCCAAGUUCAAAAAGUAAUGGCAGCCCCGGAAGGCACUUAUCUCAAAGGUGGUCACAAGACCAUCUUUCACGAGAUUUUGGGAAGCAGUCUACCUCCCAACGAGAAGUCUGUGGCCCGCCUCGCCCAGGAAGCUUUCACCAUAAUCCCAGCAGGAACGAUCAGUACCUCCUGGACACUGAGUGUGGGAACGUACCACAUUCUAGCAUCGCCCACCAUCAUGAGCAAGCUCCGUGCCGAAUUGUCAGCCGCAUAUCCCGAUGCAGAUACGCAGUUGUCCUUGGUAGAAUUGACCAAACUCGACUAUCUCACCGGAUGCAUCUUGGAGGCUCUCCGUCUGAGUUAUGGCAUUAGUACGCGAAACCAACGCAUUGCUCCCGAGGAAGACAUGAUGUUCACUGAUCCAGACACGGGAAAAAAGUGGUCGAUACCUCGUGGUACUCCCACUGGCAUGUCGACUUCCUUGAUUCAUCACGAUGAGACCAUUUUCCCCAACUCCCAUGAAUUUGUGCCAGAACGAUGGCUUGAUCGAAAAGAACGUGAGCGGCUAGGGAAGUAUAUGGUUUCAUUUGGUAGGGGUACGAGAAGUUGCCUCGGUAUAAAUCUUGCGUAUGCAGAGUUGUAUUUGUUGAUGGCCAAUUUGUUCAGACUUUUUGGGGGAAAUGGAGAAUAUGGAAAAAUGAUUGAGAAGGGAGCAAGCGAGGGAACAUUGGCAUUGUUUCAGACGGACGAGAGAGACGUGAGAAUGGCCCACGACAUGGGUGUUGCGGUGCCAUGGGAAAACACCAAAGGAGUUCGGGUCAAGGUUUUGAAAUAG